ACCAGAACACCGCAAAAGAGAUGACCAGUACAAUGUACCGGUACCGGUAUUAGUACCUGUGUCGAGUGGGCUUCGGUCUCACUUCCAUAAACUUCUGCAUAUUUUUGAACCCUCUGAAACGUAGAUAGCGAGUAGUAAAAGACAACAUGGCGCACGGCAGCAGCAGAAGGGAAGAAGAGGAAGCAAUGAAAGAUGGGGAUCGCCAUCGGCAUGGUGACAGCAGGAGCAGCAGGCAUCGUGAUCGUCGGGGUGAUGAUGAUAAGGACAAGGAGCGCAGGAAGCAGAUUUCCUCGACACGCGGAAAUGAUGUCUGUGCAGACUGCCCUUCCACCAAACCACUCUGGGUUUCCUUUCUCAAGAGUACAGUUCCCACAAAAGAUGGUGAUGGUGGCAGUGCUAGUGGAGGAACCAAAGAAAUCUUCGUGGCCGUGUUGGUCUGUCCACAGUGUGCCCAGCAUCAUCAUUUUGAGUUGGGAACCAAACGAUGCCGUAUCAAGAACUUCAAAAUGCAACAUGAAUGGUCCUCGGAAGAUAUUCUCAUUUUACGAGAUAGUGGCAAUCAUCAUGUCAAUUCCAUUUGGGAAGCUUCCCUCACGGAAAAAGACUUUGACAAAAAGUUGGUGCUAUCAGACACGGAAGAAGAAAACAAGCGACGAGCCAAGUUUAUCAAACACAAGUACAAGAGGGAAAAGUAUCAUGCCACCAAUGGCACCAUGUUGAUGGUUGCCGCCGUGGGAGCCAAGAUGAAACAAAAAAUCAAGCAGAAAAUAGCCAACAACAAGGAGAAAACGAAACGACGCGAUCGUCGAGUCACCAGUGACAGCAUGUGGACACGGAAAUCCAAAUCCAAGCAAGCAUCUGACAAGAAGAAGGAUGGCAACGACAAGAAGAUGGAGCAGCCACCAAAGCAAGUCAAAGUCGACAAGCAAGGAGGAACCACAGCAAGUCAAAGUCGACAAGAAGAAGGAGGAACCACAGCAAAUCAUAGUAGACGAGAAGAAGGACGAACAUCACGACAAUCCUUCCAGCAAAGAGGCGGUUAUGAGUCCGAAAGACAAGGAACUACUGCUCGCGACGACAACAACAACCACACCAAAAGCAGUGGAAACGGAGAAACAACAAGCAAAGAAUUGCACGUGGCUGUGUUGGUCUGUGCAUCCUGUGCUCAGCAUCAUCACUUUGAACUGGGAACGAAACGAUGCCGCAUCAAGUAUGCCAAAAUGCAACAUGAGUGGACACCAGAAGAUAUUACCAUCUUGCAGGAGAGUGGAAAUGAUCAUGUCAAUUCCAUUUGGGAAGCCACCCUCACCCAACAAGACUUUGACAAACAAUUAGUGCUAUCGAACAAAGAGAAAGAAAAGAAGCGACGGGCCAAGUUCAUCAGGCACAAGUACAAGAAGGAACAUUAUCAUGCCACCAGCAGCACCAUGUUGGUGGUAGCGGCCGUGGGAGCCAAGAUGAAAAAGAAGCUCAAGAUUCGACAGAAGAGGGAGAGUAUCAUUACGUGGACAAGGGGGUUGAAGGCCAUGCCCAAGCGAGUGCACGUCCAUGGCUACACGACACUGGAACAAAACGAAAAGCAAGACAACAACGACAAGGUGGAAACGGCCGACAACAAUAAACUUGAUGGCGACGACACCAAAGACAGCAACCACAAUGGCAGAGAUGACGCAAAGUUGAAUUAG